UGCAGCGGGGGCGGGAAGGUUGUAGAGCGGCACGUUGCGCUAGGUUUGCCGGUCUUGAAGUGGUCGCGCCCCCUUGGAGAGCGCGAUCCCGCGGUGAGGCCGUCCCUGGCGCACUCGCGUCCCCGGUGAUUGUAAAGUGCUGACCAAUUGCCACUGAACAUAGUUGAAACAGAAAAUAGGAAGAUGGCAGCAAACCCUUCAGGACAAGGUUUUCAAAACAAAAAUAGAGUUGCAAUCUUGGCAGAAUUGGACAAAGAGAAAAGAAAAUUACUAAUGCAGAACCAAUCUUCAACAAAUCAUCCUGGAGCUAGCAUCGCACUUUCGAGACCCUCUCUUAAUAAGGACUUCCGGGAUCACGCUGAGCAGCAGCAUAUUGCCGCCCAACAGAAGGCGGCGUUGCAGCAUGCACAUGCCCAUUCAUCUGGAUACUUCAUAACUCAAGACUCCGCAUUUGGAAAUCUUAUUCUUCCUGUUUUACCUCGCCUGGACCCAGAAUGAAGAAAUUAUUUGUAAUGACAUUGACUUUGUAAUAUCAAAUGCCAAAGCUACUAUCGUUCAGUGCUAUACAAGCUGUGACUUUCAGAAUCGGUGAACUUAUAUUUUUUACUUCCUUAAAAGAAAGGUAUGUGUAAGUGAAAGCAAAAAAAAAAGGUAACCAGGAUGAUGAGAGCUUUGGAAGCUGUAUUAUCUGAGGACUGAUUAUGCUACUGUGACUGUAACUUAUUUGUAAUGCAGUUUGAUUUUAAGGCUAAAUCAGACUCUCAAUUAGAUGGUCACACAAACUCACUCCCCACCCCGCAAGCCCCCAAUUAGUUGGACUGAGUACAUCAUGUCCACAGAGACUUUAAAAGCCAUUUACAGUACUUUAAAGAAAUGAGGGUGCUUUUUAAAAUGUGAACCAAAAGGUUUAAAUAAGUUACAUUCAUAUUUGCUGUGUAUAGAAUUGGUAUCAGUGUACCUUUUGAGUUUAUAGUCAACAUAUCCUCCUGAAAUAUUCUUUAACUCGUAACUGGUUUCCUUUCAAUUUUAAAAGAAAAUCCAAGAUUAAGUUACUAAAUGAAACAUCGUUUAUAAACCUAUGCCACUAUAAAUUAGGUGACAGAAUACUAUUAAAAAUAAAUGUAUGAAAUGUGGUGGUUUUAAAUUUUAUACAUGCUCUUAUUUAGUGUUACUACAGUGGUGUACCUGCAUGGUUUUAUUGUCCGUUUUUGUUCUAAUUAGAAACGUGUGCAAGCUGGGCCCCUUUUUAAUUCCUUUAAGGGGAAUGGCGUUGGGUUUUCAAUAUGACACAUCUUUAACAGGAUCUGGAGUGCAUGCAUCCCUACAGCCUUACCCUAGUCCUACAGAAUCAGAAAUCUCUUAAUUCAAAAUAAAGUCUGAAAACCAUGGGCUGGAGAAUUCAGUUUUCAUGAUAUAUGUUUAUAAAUUCAUAGAUUUGUAGGUCUCUGAAACUUAGAGAUCAUUUAGCUAAAAUCUACAUUAUUUUUACUUCUAAUAGGACUCAGAUUAUUUUAUACUAUAUCACAGGUACAGUAUUUUACAUACUGCUUAUGACUGACCUCAUCUUGGCCUUGAGUCCCCAUCCUCUCUAGUGGUAGGAUAAAAUUUAAACUUAAAUUUCCAGUUUGGGUCAAUAUUUAAUCAAAGUUCAUCUCCCUUUUCAAAAAGUUUCUUCUCCUUCCCUAGACAUUUGCACCAAGCACAUAGCCCCAUCUUGCCCAAACUACUUAAAGCAGAAGUGGGCAAAAGAAUUGGCUGUGCCAUUUAGAUGCCUUCUCUUGAAAAUUUGAAUUGAUUUUCUUCAUUUGGGUGAGUUGGCAGCUGUCCCCACUGUAACGGUCACCAUUGCGGCAAAGGUGCCCUUACUCCUGCUGCUGAGCUCCCUGGGGGCUUGGGCUCCUGAUCUGCCUCAGGUCUUGCCAGCUUCCUUUAGUGGUCCUCACUUUUUUGAAUGUGACUAAGUUUCUGUCCUUUGUGAUACACGACCUACAUCCAUGGUUCUAUAUCUACUUGAUACUAGGGAGAUAGGAAAUUUGGAUUGUAGUUUUUAUACUAUCAAAGCCUCUACCUAAUGUGUGACUUUUAUAACUUAGGUUAAAGAGAUCUUUUUUCCAGUGAUAUCUUUUCUAGUGUCCUAGCCUUUUAAAUAGAUGUUGCUUAAAUCAUGCACUCCUGGCUAGUAAACACUUUCUCCCCUGCUCCCUUAAAUCAUUUUCAAAUUCAACUCAAUUCCAUAUGUAAUGAUUAAUAUCUACUCUGUAAAACACUGUGCUUCAUGGGGGGGAGGAGGGAUGAUGAGUGAUACCUGCUCUUAAAGAGUUCACAGUGGCAGAGCCUACUCUGGUGCAGCGGUAAUGCUCACGGAAGUCAGAAUGCAGUGAGUGGCACGGGAGAGCAUCCUGGAGCCGGCAGCAGUCUGGAUAGGCCUAGAAGUACUGGCGUGAUUUUACCUGGCAAGGCAGGGAAGAGCUGCUCCGGGUCAAGAUUUCAUAAUCAAAGAAGCAGGAACUAAGGCACUUGCGAGGACUACAGAGGACGUGGGGAAGGGCAGCAGUGGACUCCGUCAGAAGCCCUGAGAUGAAGUUUCAUUAUUGCUUCCCUUGGAUUAUGGGUGAAUUUGCCUAACUUGCUUAAUCUCUCUUUACAUGUCACUCCAUCUGCAAUGUAGGAAGAGAACACACUUUGUCUACUUCAUUAGAGUGACAGGAUGUAGUAAUAGGAGGUUUUGUUCCUUGAAUCUUGUUGCUGUGUGUUUGUGUCUGUGUCUUACUUAUGGUGUUGAUUGUAUGUUCCAUCAGUAGAUAAGAUCUCUGAAGGCAAGAGUUUUUGUUUCUCUCCCUUCCUCUUUGUUUACUACUGUAUUCUGCUUAGAAGAGCAUUUGGCAUAUAGUAGACAGUCAGUACCUACUUAUUGAAGGAAGGGAGAAAGGAAGGACGGACUAUAUAUGACCUGGGUGGUGAUGUAAAGGGUAUUGUUGUUUUUUUACUGUGUGUCAUGGUAAUAAAGUUUUGAAAGCCACUGCUACAUAAUACAGAUGAUAGUACUUUGUAUGAUUCUGGAAUAAAAACUGAAAUGACACAA